GCACCUUCCUUUGUCUAGCUGCCCUGUCUCUCCUCGACCUUGUUCCGCUACCGCCUAUCCAUCUUCCCAGCCUCACUCUCUUGCUAUAUCCAGCAUCCCUGAGGAGCUCUGCUGCAGCAAUGAUCCCUCAAAAAGGCUCCGCCGAGGACCUCACCUCGACCGCCGUGGAGCAGAAGAUCGCUGAGCAGCCGGCCCUGAGCAAUGGCCACCCGAAUUUUCACUCCAACGGCGCCAACGGCGCCAGCACCCUCCCCGGCCUCGACGCCUCCAAGCUGAUCAUCACCCGCGCCGACCCCACUGUCCGCCCGGUCCCGGACGAGGCCACCGCCUGCUCCGGCACCGAGACCAUCUGCACCGACCACAUGAUCACCUGCUCCUGGAGCAUUUCCACGGGAUGGUCCGCGCCGGAGCUCAAGCCCUACGGCCCGCUCACCCUCAUGCCGACCGCCUCGGUGCUGCACUACGCCACCGAGUGCUUCGAGGGCCUCAAGGCCUACCGGGGCUACGACGGCCGCCUGCGCCUGUUCCGCCCCGACCUCAACGCCAAGCGCAUGCUCAUGUCCACCCUGCGCAUCUCGCUCCCCGGCUUCGACCCGGCCGAGCUGGAGAAGCUCAUCCUCGCGCUCGUGGCCGUCGACGGGCCCAAGUGGCUGCCGCGCAGCCGGCCGGGGUCGUUCCUGUACCUGCGGCCGGCCGUGAUCGGCACGCAGCCGCAGCUGGGCGUGCAGGCGCCCAAGGAGGCGCUGCUCUUCGUCACGGCGUCCUUCAUGGCGCGCCUGGACGCCCCGUCCGGCGGCAUGCGCCUGCACACCAACCCGGACGACAUGAUCCGCGCCUGGGUCGGCGGCUUCGGCUACGCCAAGGUCGGCGCCAACUACGGCCCCAGCCUGCUGGCCACCAACGCGGCCCGCGAGCGCGGCUUCGGCCAGAUCCUGUGGCUGUACGGGCCCGAGGGCUACUGCACCGAGGCCGGCGCCAGCAACUUCUUCGUCGUCUGGCGCACCAAGGGCCCCGAGGGCAGGCUGCAGCUGGUGACGGCGCCGCUGGACGACAAGCUCAUCCUGGAUGGCGUCACGCGGCGGAGCGUGGUCGAGCUCGCCAGGGAGAAGCUCGCGGGCGAGCUGGAGGUCGUCGAGAGGAAGUACACCAUCGACGAGGUCAUCGAGGCCAAUAAGGAGGGGCGGCUGGUCGAGGCUUUUGCCGCCGGCACGGCCUACUUCAUCUGCCCCGUGUCGCAGAUCCGCCACCGCGACUACGACGUCCACAUCCCCAUGGUCAAGGGCGAGAGCGGGCAGUACACGUCCAAGAUCAAGGGCUGGAUCAGCGACAUCAUGUACGGCAAUGUCCAGCAUCCGUGGGGCGUGGUGGUGGACGAGCAGCAGUAGAUUCCGGGUUUCUCAGGGCGGCGUCAUCCUCCCUGUUGCAUUUUGUCGGUAAGCGCGUAGCGUCAUGGCGGAGCGCGCCAAACGUGAUUUCUUCGGGCAGAGAAGGGCAGAGGCGUUCAGGAGACGGCGCGCUUGAGCAUUUACUUAAGCAUAUGAAUUGCUGGCAGACAGUUCUGCCAUUAAACUUCUUUGUAGAUAUGCACAUUCAUGAAGCAAUCCAGCUAUUUCUGACCGAUUAUGAG